GCGUCAGGCGCUGCGGGGGCAGCUAUGGCGGCACGCGAUGAGGUCCUGGGGGCGUCUCCAUGGCGACGGGUGUAAACAUCGCGGGCGGUGCGGGCCAUGGCGGCGCGCCGCGCUCCGCCGGGCGGGACUGCUCCUGAAUCUUCCUCUGAGAUUCCAGGUUGCCAAACACGUAUCAACAGUUUGAAAUACAUCCUGUUCAAGAAACAGAAGACUCCGCUUUCUGCUAGAGGCCAUUGGUCCACAUGGCCUGCAUUUGCAUCUGGACAGACAGUCUUAAAGAAUCACAAACCCUGCUGCGCCCCAGAGGAGAGACAGUCUAGCAAUAAACAGGCCCUUCUCACCGUUCCAAAGCCACGGUACUUGGAACAACUAGAGUCCUACUUAAAGAAAGAGCUGCAGUCUCUUGAUCUGACUAAAAAGAACUCCCAGGAACGGAAGUUACAGCCCUACAGAGAGAUUUUUGAAUUCUUCAUAGACAACUUCAAGACCUACAAGCCCUUGCUGUCAGCUAUAAAGAAUGAAUAUGAAGUUACUUUGGCUCAUCAGAAGAAGACAAUUCGUGCCCUAGAGCCCCUGAAGGCUAUGGUCACAACUGUCUCCGAGGAGUGCACCCGGCAGAUACUGGCACUGCAGGAAAAGGAGAAAGAUGAAAUAAAUAUGUUAAAGCAAGAGAAACAACAUUUGUUAAAGUUCAUUGACAAAAUGAAGGAAGAAAAGAAUUCUCUUCAGACUAAGGUGGAGCAUCUGCAGACAAGCGUGGCUGAGGAGUAUGCUCACUAUCUCAAUGAGUACGGUGCCCGCAAACUGCUGCUAGCAAAACUGAAUGAUAUGCAUAAUGAACAGCUGGACAUGACACGUCACCAAGUCCAAGACAUCAAGGGUGAAGAUGUGGUGAAGUUAACUUUGGCAUUAAAGGUAGCUCGGCAGGACCUCACAAAAGCCCAGGUGAAGUUGAACACCAUGAUAGCAGACUAUGAAGAUGUUGUGCCCAGGAGAGAUUUUGAAUCACUGGAGAAAAAAUACUCUGAUUUACUUCAGGAGAUGAAGACUCUGCAGAAAAAUUUUGAUCAGCUCCAUAAGGAAUAUGAAACACUGCUGGAAAUCCACAGAGAGACUGCAGAAGAGCGAGACAACUUCUGCACUGAACUCCAGCGAGUUCAGCGCAACUACACACCCCGGCCAAACUGGCCAAAGUGUUCAGAGGUGAUUCCUGGUGGAGCUGACCGGUGGGCCUGUCUGGCUGAGGGGAAGAGCAGCAGUCAGCUAGUGGAUGUGCUUCUGGAAGAAAUAGGAACAGGAGUGCUAAAAGAUAUAAAUGUCUUCCCUGGAUGGGGCAAAGGUGACAAAGUUCCUGUGUACCUGAGGCAUGAAGGUGAAGUCAAGAACAAAAAGCUGACUAAGAAGGAUGUGGUGAACAUUCUAAAGGAUAUCUGGAAGGAGAAAAUUGCACUAGAACAGCAGACAGGGAAGCAAUCCAGUCUUCCCGAGUUCUUUCUCAGCUACCUCCAGAAGAAGUAUGGAGAUGCCGCUGCCAUGGAAUGGUCUUACACCCUCUACGAGAACAUGCGACUCUGUCGAUCAAAUCACGUCCUGAGCUCAUUCUACAACAUACUCACCGGGAAGGUGGGUGAACAACAGUACCACAGCCAGAAUCAGCUGAUUUCCAACCUGCAAAAGGAGCUGGCUGCCUGUGACAGCUCAAACAGCGGAUCCCUGACCAGCAAGCAGUUCAGCAUGGCUCUGAGGGAAGCUUUUCCCCUGAAAAGGAAAGAGUCAGUCCAAGAAUUACUUGAUGCAAGCAGGUACAAGCUGGACAACACUGAAGACCUCAUUGACUACAUAUCCUUAUUCAAAGAAGAUGAGGAAGGGAAUGCUGAGCCUUUCGUCGCAAAGCUGAGGAGCCAGUAUGUCAGGGAGAAGCAGGAAUAUCUGAAACAGCUGAAGAGCAAGCUGGGAGAUGUAAUAGAGGUGAAGGCAGAUGACCUGAAGGGCGCCUUCUGCACAAUCGAUCCUGAUAUUGAUGAUCAGACGCUAGAUACCUACAUUGGCCUGGCUUACCAGGUCCGAAGAGAACAGCCAGGCCAGGAAGUUGUGCCCGUGGAAACCGCACUUGAGAGACUGCUUGCUGGAGAUGUGAGACGAGUCGGGCCCUCACCCAGGGAGGGAAGCACGGCAGGCUUUGAAGGAGAGUAAGCAGACUUCCAGUAUUAAGAAUAAAUCAACUGUUUGAUCUGCAGGUUUUGAUACCAAACUGGCAGCCAGAGUUACUGCACUAAAUACUUCCUCCCAUGCAUACAGAGAUACACCUAGUAACUAACAGCUGAGAGCAUAGGCUAGCUUGAACUAUCAGAAGCACUUUCAACUUAAGCAGCAAAGCAUUCCAAUACAAUUUUGCAGACUCCACAGAAUCAUUUCAGCUCAGCGAGACUUGCAGUGGGAGGUUGCCUGAUCCCCAAACAGAGGCUUCACACCCCCACAGCACUGGCCACUGCAGGGUGUUGGGGUCUCUGCUUGGUAACAAAACAAAACAACUACACUCCAGCAGCCAUUGCUAGAACCUGAGAAGCCGUCAUCAAACUCCAGCCUGUGACAUGGCUGCUUUAGCCCUUGGGCCUUACGGUUCUUUGGCUCAAAGGCAAGGUUUCAAAGACACAUUUGCAAAAUAAAGUGCCAUCAGCACAGUGAGUGUGCACAUGAGAGGCGAGUUCAGCCCACACGAGGUUUGCUAUCGUGUCUGUCGCCAAGACUUUUAUCCUGGUGUAGCUGCUGUUGUCCACUAUGAAGUCACUUCAAAAGAAAUUUGAGUGCUGCCCCACGAGUAGGUUUAACCAAACUCUGAGCUGGAGAAGUAAUCCAAGCACAGAAACACUGAAAUCUGUUCCUUGCUUCAAAGAAGACACCACAUGCAUUUGGUAACUGCCUUGCCAACCACUGGCAUCAAUUAAUCUUUCCUAUUUGUUGAUGUGCUCUCUAUCCAGCACAUAGCCCUCUCCAGGGAGGGGAAUAAGGGUUCUUGAAACAAAAACCCCGUAGGAAAACAGCUCUGUUAUGGUUGUGCCUCAAUUGCCGAGUAAGCGGAGCAAACCCGAGAGGCAAAACCCGUUCUUCUCACAACAUAGUUUGAAAAGUAGAAAGGAAAAAGCUGAAAUCAGAAAUCGUCUUCCUAAAAAAACCCCACAAUUUUCGCGAGCAUUUGCAAAAACUGACUGCAUUUGUAAACUGGAAAGGCAUCACAGCCUGCGCAACAGAGGAAGUACCACCCAGAGGUAGGAGGCCCCUGGGAUUUCUGCUUUGAAUACUGAAUUUGGUGCCGGGCACUUCCAACACAAAUCACAAAAUACCAGGAAAGGAACUGUAUUUUAGUGAACAGGGAGACGCAUCAUCUAGCUAGAAACCAAAUGUCCUAACUGCAGGUAUCUCUAGGAAUAUUCUGAAAGGAACUAGGGCAAAAUUCAGUAUAUCUAAAGAGGACAGGGAACUUAAACACCAAGAAAGUGUUUGGUAGAUGAACAUCAAAUUUGCAAAGCUAUUCAAAAAAGCCCCUAAUGGGGAUGUAAGAGAAAGGAGUGGGCUACAGAGAGCAGGAAUCGUUCAUUUUGCUUCACCCCGAGGACUUUAGAUCUCUAUGAGUUAAUGGCUGUUUACAGGGCCAGGUGUCUCUUUCUUUUGCCCUUCCAGUUACAUUGUUAGGACUUGAACAAUGUGUCCCUAAAAGUCUUGAAUUUAGUUAACCCUGACUUCACUGCAACUAGAUGCUGAACACAUCUCAACAGAAGAGAAAGACCAGAUGGGGAGUCUUACCUCUCCCUCUCACAAAAUUCCCAACAGUCAAAGCCCCAUCAUCUCCUGCCUUCAGCUGGAAGCUGUUCAGGUCAGGAACCUGGCAGCUGAGAAGCUAGUUGCAGAUGUGUCCUCCCAGCAU